UUAUCCUCUUCCGUCGCCUUCGGUUCCUCCUCGUCUCCCUGUCCCCUCUCCCUCCACUCCAAAACCCCAGCAGAAUGGAGGCCAAGGCGCUCCCCCUCUCGCACUUCCGCGCGCGGGCGGGCUCGCCGCUCCUCCUCUCCGCGGAGGCCAGCUCCGCCGCGCGCAAGGGCUCCGGCGCGCCAGGGAGGAGCAGGACCUCGAGGUACGACGCGGGAGCGCCUCCGAGCAGGGCAGGGAGGGGCGGGGUCUGGAAGCGUGAUGAUCCGGAGGAUUCACCUCGCCGAACAGGGAUGACUGGAGUUCCAAAGCUUAAUCCCAAAUUCUCAACUAAAAGAGCAGGGACAAGUAAGGUUCCAAUUAUUAAUUUCGAGGUUUCUCAUCACAGAGCAGUUGCAGCGGUGAGGUUGUUAAGAGCUGAUAAGGGGAAGGCGUUUGUUGAUCUUUUAAAUGAGAAAGCAAACGAUUCUGGGGAAAAUGAGAUGGGCUAUGUAGAAAGGACAUUAGGGUUCAGUACACGGCAUUUGGAUGACAGGGAUAUACGAUUGGUUACUGUCAUAGUAGCUGGAACUGUACGUUGGAAACGCUACAUUGAUUAUCUUAUCAUGUCACUCUGUAGUGAAGAGAAGGUGUUCAGCAACAUGGAACCGCUGCUGCUGCAGAUAUUGCGAAUUGGCUUCUUUGAAAUUCUCAAACUUAAUGUACCAGCUUAUGCUGUCGUUGAUGAGAAUGUAAGGCUUGCAAAAGUAGCUUUAAGGCCCGGUGCUGGGAACAUGGUGAAUGCGAUUCUGCGUAAACUUCUGUUACUGAAGGAGACAGAUUCUCUUCCUCUUCCAAAUAUAGAAGGUGAUGAUCGUGCCCAAGCUCGUGCUCUUUCCAUAAUUUAUUCUCAUCCUGUUUGGAUGGUGAGAAGGUGGAUUCGAUUUCUUGGAAAAGAAGAAGCUCUCAAAUUGAUGAACUGGAAUAACAGUGACCCUUAUUUCAGUCUAAGGGUGAAUACAACAAAUGGCUAUACAAGGGAUGAUCUUGUUAACCGAUUGGAAGAUUUGCAGGUUCACUACGAAAAGUCAAUUAUGGACGAAUUUGUCCGCAUUCGUGAAGGCAUGCAGGCAGUCUUACAAGCUGGAUUACUGAAAGAAGGCAUGUGUGCCGUGCAGGAUGAGAGUGCAGGUUUUGUUGUGUCUGUGGUCGACCCACAACCUGGGGAAACAAUCAUGGAUUGUUGUGCUGCGCCUGGCGGGAAGACUUUGUUCAUGGCAUCCCGGCUGGCAGGACAAGGGAAGGUAUCGGCUCUUGACAUAAACAAAGGCCGCUUGAGAAUUCUCAUGGAGGCAGCAAAGUGCCACAAUCUUGAUGAUAUAAUCACUGAUAUCCAUGGUGAUCUUCGACUGUAUGCUAAGGAAAGCACUGUCAAAUAUGACAAAGUAUUAUUGGAUGCUCCAUGCUCUGGGCUGGGUGUCCUUUCCAAGAGGGCAGACUUGCGUUGGAAUCGGCAAUUUGAAGAUCUGGAGGAGUUGGUGUGUUUGCAAGAUGAGCUCCUUGAUUCAGCGUCAUUGUUGGUAAAACCUGGUGGUGUACUAAUCUACAGUACAUGUUCCAUUGAUCAUGAAGAAAAUGAGAACCGGGUUACUACUUUUGUUCAGAGGCAUCCGGAGUUUACCCCACAGGGUGUACAUGGAUAUGUUCCUGCAGAAUUCAUCACAGAUGAUGGUUUCUAUUCCUCAAGUCCAACUAAGCACUCUCUGGAUGGGGCAUUUGCUGCUCGUCUUGUCCGGUCAAUGCACUAGGACUCCGACAACUAGUUUUUAGAAGGGGGAUAGUCUUCUGCGCUCUGCGGUCCAUUUUGCUUCUUGGACUGCAUGCAGUAAGUUGUAUCAUAGACAGUAAUGCUGAGGUCAUCCUUUUAUGCACACUCCAUCAUUUUGAUGUUGAGUGCCACCAUAACGUGUGUUGCAAGCUAGAUAUGCCUCGAGCUGUGCCUGCUGGAUACCUGAGCAUGUCUAUUAGGCAGGCCCUAGUGGAAUUACCUGAUAAAGUAUGUUUGUUAUGUAUGAUUAUGUCUCUUGUGCAGUACCAAGUGAUAAUCUCAAGGUAGAUGAUCAUACAUAGAAGUACGUCUAGAAAUUUAUCAGAUGAAAUGUACUUCAAGAGAACCAUAAUUCCAUAAAUAUAUGCUACUUUGUUAGACAUCAA